UAAAAUCUCAGGUCUAUCUGAUGCCGAAUUUCAUCGUAGUCGUCUGAGAGGGCAGAAGGAGAAGUUUCCCAUUUUUUGCAAGAAAUCGUAAGCUUGUGAAUCUACAAUUCGACUUCUAUCUUCCAUCAGUUCACCGGGCGGAAGUUGGUCGAAAGAGAGAGCAACUAUCCGUUACGUUAUUCAAACGACAGAAUGGGAAAUAAAAUCUGGUGCUGUCGUACGGGAGAUAAUGGCGAAGAACGUCCCAUUCUUUCUCCAUCCCUCAAAACUAAACGAAACAUUCCCUACCUCCAAACGAGGCGACCAAUCCGUGGAGAAUCGCCAGAACCAAGUUCAGAGAGUGACUUAUCUGUUACCUCGAAUAGUACAAUAAUGCAGAUACCGGGCAGACCUAGCACUCUACGAGUUGAUAAAGAGACGGGAGGUUCAAGCAGUGAAGACUCGUUGGAAUUCAGUUCAGAGGAUACCUUCUGUCCCUCUAUAAGUUAUACAUCAGAAAUAUGGAAGACACCGGAAACAUUCAACGCGCCAUCAGAGUCAGAAGUUCAGCGAGAGCAAAAACCUCACUGCGGGUCAGCCCUGAAUGAUAAUUUGUUUGCAGCUAAAAGUUAA